AGCGCCUCUGUCCCUCACUCGCCUCUGCUGACACCUUCUCCUGCGCGCUCAACAAGGGCCCCUCCACACCACACACAUGGCCUGCUACGACCUCUGCCGCCCCUGCGGACCCACCCCGCUGGCCAACAGCUGCAACGAGCCCUGUGUCAGGCAGUGCCAGGACUCCCGCGUCGUCAUCCAGCCUUCCACCGUGCUGGUCACCCUGCCAGGACCCAUCCUCAGCUCCUUCCCCCAGAGCACCGCCGUCGGAUCCUCCUCAUCCGCUGCCGUGGGCAACGUCCUGGGUGCCCAGGGAGUGCCCGUCUCCUCUGGGGGCUUCGGCUACGGCUUCGGAGGCCUGGGCUGCUACGGUGGUGGAAGAGGCUGCAACAUCUGCUAAGGGCCCUUGACAACACACAUGAAACCUCUCACGUACAUUCUAGAAGCAAAGACAUGGACUGAGGAUGCACGUCUGCGUUAAUGCUGGCACACCAGUUCACCUUCUGCAGCUCCUUCUCUUGUGCCACAAAGCAACCAGGAAAGGGGCCAGACAAGCUGCCUGCUAACAUCUAACAUGGAUGUCUUCCUCUUCCCCAUAUUCCUUCUCUGAUGCACCUCAUCUGCUCUGUGCAGUACUGUGUGCUGCACCAGCAUCUUACAGGAUAAACUGCAUCAGGGGACCUCCAGUGGGCUCCUAAACAUUCAAGCCAGGAAGACCUCGGUGCUCCAACAAAAUCUACUGCAUACAGAAGACCUCAGUGCAUGGUCACCCUACUUGCAUCUCAGUUCUCUUCCUCCUUAUGCUUGUACGUUUUCAUGCUUUUAUCUCAAUAAAUUUC